AUGCUGUCAAAGCGCGCGGCUGAGAUGCGGGCCAGCAGCCGGCCGCUGGAUGCGCCCUCGCUGCCUCCAGACCCGCUCAACGCUGCAGACAACACCACAAGCAGCGGCGCAGAGGGCCCCGCCACGGUGCUGCUAAAGGAGUACCAGGCGGCCAGCUUGGGGGUGGCGGCCAACGAGGCGCUGGCGAUGCAGCGGCUGCUAGGGUCGCGGUCCCAGAGCACGUGGAAGCUUGCAGUGGCCGACGCCUCGCCCUUCCCGCCGGUGGUGAGGAUGCUGGGCUGGCUCAACGCGCCCCCCAGCGACGCGGCCUACGAGAUCACAGGGGACAACAGGGACGCGAUCUGGCUGGUGUACCGGUUUGAGGGCCUCAAGCCCCUGAGUCUCAUCCUCCCGCGCUUGGAGCCGCCGCAGCCGCCCCCCGGCCUGCGAGCCCUGUUCUUCGGCGGCCGCGAGGCCGCCGCCGCGGCCGCCGUCUCCGCGCGCCGCGCGCUGCUGCGCGCCUUCUCCCGGCGCCUGCUCGGCGCGCUGUCCUACUCGCACGCGCGCGGCUUCGCGCACUGCUGCCUGGGCAGCGGCAGCGUGCAGUGCAGCGGCUUUGACGAGCGGGCGCCGGACAAAGUGAUUGUGAAGCUCGACAACUGGGGCCUGGCGCGGCUGUACCCAGGGCCACUGCAGGAGCAGGCAGACGACGCGGGCGCGUCGGCGGCGGGCGCGGGUGCGGCGGGCGCGGCCGGCGCCGCGCCGGCCCCCAGCCCCCUGACGGACGGCGACGGCGACGCGCUGCAGCAGCGCCGCGCAGACCUGCAGUCGGCCGGCCUGCUGCUGGUCGAGGCGUUCGUGGCCGGCACCGCCGGCGGCGCGGCAGCGGCCGCGCUUGGCGGCGGGGAGGCGCUGCGGCGGCUGUUGUUCGAGGUGUUUCACGAUGACAUCAGCGAGUUCAGGGCGUACUGCGAGGCCGACGAGGACCUGCAGCGGUUUGUCGAAUUUGCUGACGACACGGGCGCCUGGGGGCUGCUGGGGGACCUCCUGCGCGGCGAGGCGUCCGCCGGCGAGCUGCUGCGGACGAGCCCCUUCUUUGCACAGGGGUCCGGCGCUGUUGCGCAGUCGGCACCCCGCCGCAGCACGCGCGGCUCGAUCGCCUGCGCCGCCGCCGGCGACGGCCUGAGCGGCGGCGACGUCGCCGGCGCGGAGCAGCUGCGGCCGCAGGGGUCGCUGCCGUCGCAGCAGCCCGCGCACGCCGGCACGCAUCAGCAGGUGCACCAGCACCAGCUGCACGAGCAGCAGCCAGAGGUCGCUGAUCUGGACGCCCUCAUGGCCUCCUCGGUCGAAGGAAUUAGCACCGCCCAGUUCGACAGCUAUGCGCUGCGCCACCUGGUGCAGUCCCCGCCCGCCGCCACGUCCCACCUGUCCAGCCUCGCCAUCACGCCGCGCCGCGUGCUGCGGCGCUACGCUGUCACCUCGCUGUCGGGCGAGCGCUGCGUCAUGACCCUCACCUUUGAGCACAAUGCCCCGCAGCAGCAGCAGCAGCAGCAGCAGCAGCAGCAGCAGCAGCAGCAGCAGCAGCAGCCGUUUGGCCAGCCCAACCCGCAGCAGCCGGCGGCCCCGGCCGGCGGGUGGCUCCUGGCCGGCGCGACCGGCGAGCCUUUGCAGCAGGAGCACCCGGCCGGCCCCGCCCCCGACCACCCCCCAGAGGCGAUCGUGCAAUCGGUGCUCGCCUCGCUCGGCGCGUUCGACACCGCCGCCGCGUGGCGCUUCGCGUCCAUCCCCGCGCGCGCCGCGCUCGGCGGCAGCGCGGAGCGGUUUGGGGACGCGCUUGCGGGGGUGGAGAUGCAGCCGCUGCUGCUGCACGUCGGGGCGAGCACCGUGAUGCGGCGGCAGCGCUGCGCCGACCGCUACUCCGAGGUUGUUCGUCUGGACACCGCGUCGGGAGAGAGCGUCGAGUUCUGCUUCAGCCUGGCGCUGCAGGUCGACGGGCCCUUUGAGGACUGCUGGAUGCUCGAGAGCGUGCGCCCGCUCGGCGGCGCCGGCUGCGCACGCACAGGCGACAGCGGCGACGCGGACAACUGCGGCUUUCCCGAGGCCUGGCCCGAGUUUUGA